ACUACUUCUACAAACAUUUGUGGUAGCAUGAUAGGUUGCAACCUGUGCAAUUUCCUUGGUACUAAAUAUUCCAUGGUCAACUGUUAGUGGUAUUAUAACAAAGUGGGAGCAACUGGGAACAACAGCAACUCAGCCACAAAGUGGUAGGCCACAUAAAAUGAAAGAGCAGGGGCAGCGCACAGUGUGCAGAAGUCACCAACUGUCUGCAGAGUCAAUAGCUAAAGACCUCCAAACUUCAUGUGGCCUUCAGAUUAGCACAGCAACAGUGCAUAGAGAGCUUCAUGGAAUGGGUUUCCAUAGCCAGAAAAUGGUACUUGCCUGACUGCAUUGUGCCAAGUGUAAAGUUUGGUGGAG